AUGUUCGAUAUGCAAAUAGUAGGUAUGAAAUUGUAUAACGAUUGUCACGGAACAUCUCAACAAUUCGAAGCUUUUCCGCAUAUUCCUCGACAUGGUGCUAUAUAUGAAAACGGCAUUAUAUCAAAAUAUCCCAGUAGGGAUAAGCCAGAAGAACUCACGGGCUGCCACAUUGAAACCUCAACCUUUAUCAGAGAGUACUUUAAUGUAAGAAAGAAACAGCUUGUGGAUGAGGUUGUGCUUGAGAUAACGCAUUGGCUACAAUCUGGAUUCAACACAGCCCGUAAAGUUGCCAGUGGAAGCAUUCCAGAAUCUAAAAGCCCCCCAGUCCAGUUAAGCCGGGGGCAAGGCUCUAACCAGACUAAUGCGGCCAAGAAGAGGAAAUAUGAAAAUAGGGAAAGCGGUGGCAGUGAGGAGGAUGAUAAUGGGAGUGGUCAAGAUCAGCGACGUAUAAAAAAGGGCGUCAAUGGCGAGAAGCAUCAAAAACAGAAGUUCGCUUGCCCGUACUUCAAACAUAACCCAAGCAAAUACAAGGAAUGGAGAACAUGCCCCGGGCCUGGAUGGCUCGACGUACAUCGAGUCAAGUACGAGAGCAUCUCUAUCGGCGACAUCGGCAACCAUCUCAUCGGUGCGGGCGCUGCUAGGAACCUUUUGAGAGAAAAGCAGCUCAAGCUACGAAAAGGUACAAGUGAUAUGAGUGAAACAGAGAAAUGGCGAGCGGUCUACUUGAUAUUAUUCCCGGAUGUUCAAAAUGAAGACAUUCCCACUCCCUUCUAUGACUAUGAUCACGUCGCAAAGAUAGUACCGAGCCAGCUAGAUCAGUUAGCAGAAUGCGAGGAUUAUAUCCUCCGGGAAAUACCUUUGCGUUUGCAGCAAAGAUUACGACCAGAGCUUGACAGAGACUUUAACACCAUCGAGGAAAGCUUAAAGAGAACAGCAACAUAUUGCGUUAGGGGUCUCUUAGUAGAUGCGUUUCGCGAAUUUCGUCAGAUACAACAAUGUAAGACGAUACCAAGGGCAGAAUAUGAAGAUUCAGGGAUGAUAUAUGAUAGAUUUGGACAUACACCAAUAUCGCAAAGGAGUAUAUCGCAGUGCUGUCAAUCAGCUUCAGUUGAACAGGCCAGUUCUGUAAGUCUCGAUUUUGACUUGGAAUCAUUCGACAUGUCCCUCUUCAACAAUCUGGAGUCAUCAUUAGGAGAAGGUUUUAUAAUGGAAGAAAUCAUGGAACAGCCAGGAUAUAGGGAAUAG